AUGAAAAUUAAUUUCCGUCGUUAUUUAUUUAUGGUGUUGAUUACUUUAAUCUUGGCGUUGUUAUAUAUAAUUGAUGAAAUUUUGUUUUUUAUGCCCUAUUCAAAGGGAGGUAUUAAAGAUUUUGAUAAUUUUAACAUGACUUGGCCGUUUAUUCAAUAUAAAAUGGAAAAGAUAACACUUUUGACAAGUUUACCUGUAGAUAUUUUUCAAAUACUACCUUAUUUAAUAGCACUUGUUUGUGCAUUCAAAAUGAUUAGAUUUGUCAAUUUAAACUCAAAUUUUAAUGGAAAUGUAAAAAAAUUGAACAAGCUUAUAACAAAAGUUAUGCUUAUUAUGGUUGUUGUACCAUUUAUUAACCAGGCAGGAAUUAUAUUUAUUUUAAGUAUCUCAAAGACAAACAACAAUACAACGAAUAUGUUUCGAGUAUUAUUUGGUAUUUCUUUUCAUCUAACACCUGUAUUUAACCCAAUUAUUUGUAUUUUAACAAACACACCAUAUCGAAAAGCUUUUUUUAAUAGUUUAAGAAUACAUCCACAAUAA